AAAUCAACUCACACAGGCUCCUGGUCUCACUCCUCCCUUGACAGUCUUUAAGCAGUAGAACGCAUCCCACCUUCUAUUCCGCCACCAUGAAGUACCCGGCAUACUAUCUGUGCGCCGCGGGCCUUUCCAUCUACGGAGCCCUCGCCCAAGUUGAUGUCCCCCCGAACUUCACCCCGGGAGUGCCCUGGCAGAUCAUCAUUCAAAACACUCUCGAUGUCACCAAGCCCCUUCAGCCGAACAACGUGACAGUCUGGGAUCUUGACCUCUACCACAUCGCCCGCAACCCGGACAUUGUGGGCUAUCUUCGGACGAACAACCCCGGUACCAUCCUAAUUUGCUACUUCAACGCCGGGCUUGCCCAGGAGAGCGACUGCGACUACGACACCAAGUGGCGGAACAGCGGCCUGCUCGGCAACGUGUACGACCCCCAAGACCCCGAAUUCAGCGACGAGCGCUGGGUCAACAUCCGCAACCAGACGGCGCGCGACUGGAUGAAGCAGCGCAUCACGCUCGCCAACCAGCUCGGCUGCGACGGCGUCGACCCGGACAACAUCGACGGCUACCUCAACGACCAGGACGGCAACAACGGGACCGGAUGGAACCUGGCGCAGGCCGACUAUGUCUCCUUCGUCACCGACCUCGCCACGCACGCCCACAGCCUGACCACCAGCCAGCGCCACACCUUGCUCAUCGGGCAGAAGAACGCGCGCGAGCUGGUCGGGCCGCUCGGCGGCGUCCUCGACUUUGCCGUGCUCGAGGACUGCAAGCAGCUGAACGAAGCGGAGGAGCCGGCCCCCUUCUGCGCCGAUUUCCAGCCGUACGUCGCCGCCGGGAAGCCUGUCUUCAGCAUCGAGUACCCGUCGACCCUGGGCGACCCGGAGACGGGCGCUUGCAAUGCUGGUGGUGCCGACGAGACGCAAUACAAUGACUCGUGCAAUCCCACCCCGGACACUGCCGGGUUUAGUACCGUGCUGAAGAUCCGGGGCGAGGUUGGCGAGUUGAAUAAUUGCACCCAGUACUGCACGGGGAUGGCCCCGGGCACGGGUGUCGUGGUUACCGCUACGGAUCCGGAACUGGAUGAUAUCGAGUGCCCUCCGGAGGCUACUGAUUAGGGAUUUCGGAAUCGGGCGGGGAAGGGAGGAGCUUCUCAGUCUUGGAUACUAGUACUGAUUACCUUAGUAGCCCAGGCUGUAUUUGGCAAUAGUGUCUUUAUUUAACCUGUGGCUUC